AUGGAUGAUAAGGUAGAAGAGUUCGGUAAUAAGCACUGUGAUAUCUUUGAAAUUGAUGAAGAAGAACAAAAAUUGGAAUAUACAAAUGUAUACAACAAAUUCGUAAAGCUUUUUGAAUCCAAAGUUGAAGAAUUGCUUAAACAAAAGGGAGUCACACCUCAAGAAUUUUAUAUUGAAUGUAAAAGAUUGUCUGAGGAAGAAAACGAUCAAGAAAUUGUAGAGUUCUUGUUAGCACUUUCAGAUUAUCAAGUAUUUUACAACAUGAUGAAGGAAAUCAAGUUGAGAAAACUAGGAAAACAACAAUAA